GUGCGGUGGUGCGGUGGUGUUGGUGAUGUUAGAAGGAACAUUUGGAAAAAUUGGGAUAAAAUGAAAAUUUGCGGUUCAAAUUAAGGAACGUUCCGCUGAAAUCCGGAUAUAGCGAUAGUGCAACGCAAGCGCUGUUGUUUGGUCCAAAGUUGGUUCGCCGCUGAUGCUGCCGUUCCGUCCGCAAUAUUGUCAUUUUUCUUGCUGUCCUAACCAGAUUUUCUGAAGAACCGGACGGUCCCAGUAUUUUGACAAAGUUGAACGUGGCUUUUCUUUCUUUUAUAUCUGGACUAUUUCCAUUUGACUGAUUAUGCCUCCUAAGACAGCACCGAAGAAGCCAGCAGCAGCUGCUGGUGAUAAGAAGCCUGCUGCAAAGAAACCUGCAGCUGCUGCCCCAGCAGCUAAGAAACCUGCCGCACCAAAGGCAGAGGCAAAACCUAAACCAGCGAAACCUGCAGCUGCUGCCGCCCCUGCCAAAAAGGCUGCACCUGCGGCAAAGCAGCAAGCCGGCAAGAGUCAGCCAGCCCAGAAGCAAGCAGGAAAGCCUGCCCCUGCCAAACAGCAAGCGGUCAAGGAAGCGACGAAGAAGCCAGCGCAACAGAAGGCUCCUGCAAAACCUGCGGCAGGAAAGCAGCAGCAGCAAAGUGGAAAGGGCGCUCCCGCAAAACCAGCACAAGCAGGGAAGCAGCAAAAACCCGCAGCCAAGCCCCAGGCAGGAGGCAAGCAAGCUGCAAAACCGGCUCCUGCUAAGCAACAGGCUGGUGGUAAGCAGCAAGGAGGGAAGAAAGCCCCUGCUGCCCAGCCCAAGCAACAGCAGUCAGUCAAGAAAGUAACGAAGACUCAAGCAGCAGCCCCAAAAGGUGGCAACAAGAAACAAGCAGGCAAAAAAGCCCCUGCACCUGCCCAGAAGGGUAAAGGAGGAAAGCUUACUUCAGCUAAGAAACCACCAUCAUCUAAGCUAUAUGUUAAAGAAGAACCAACCUUCAAGAAACCAUCAGCUGGUAGUGUCAGUCAAAGGUUAUGGUACAGAGCCAUCAAGAGGGUAGCGAAAAGAAGUGCCGAUCUCAAUGAAAACCAAAAGAAGAUUCUCAGUGUGGUUUCUACCAAGAGACGUGUACCUCGAGUUAUCUACCGUUUUGUUAGAUUCGUCCAACAUAAUUGCAACAUUCAAGAAGAGAAGCUUAAGCCUACGAUAGAAAAUGUUUUCUACCUAGCUGUUCAUGAAAAGAGUCGAAUUACUGGUAGACCUGUCCCAGAUGAUUUGUUGAAGAAGAUCUCCAAAUUGAGUGGCAAGGGUCCAAAAAGUGCGGCCAAGAAAGGUGCUGUAAAAGGAGCUCCCUCCAAGAAAGCCCCCGCUCAAGGUGCCAAAAAACAAGCUCAAAAGAAACCUCAGCAACAACAGCAGCAGCAAGGAAAGAAAAGACCAGCUGAACAGCAAAAAGCUAAAUCAGUCCCUGCGGCCAAAAAGAAUGCACCAGCAACCACUAAAGCUGCUCCAGCAAAAGGACCCGCGAAAAGUGGGGCAGCUGGUAAGGCACAAGCCAAGCCAGCCGCAGCAAAACCAGCCGCUGCCAAGGGUGCCGCUAAGCCUGCUGCACCCAAAAGUGCACCUGCUAAACCAAGCAGCAAACCUGAUAGCAAAAAAAGUGAAGGAGCCAAGAAACCUGCUGCAAGUCAAGCAAAGCCUAAAUCAGCACCUGCAAAAACACAAGGAGCCAAGCCUGCUGCUGGUGGACAAGCUAAAAAGAAACCUCAGAAGUAAAAAAAUCUGAAUCACUCUUGAUGCUGUGGACGUUAGGUGUAUAAGGCAUCUUAUUUGACUGGACAUCAUCCCAACUCUAGUUAUGGAGGUUUUUAUUCUUCGAUAACUGAAAACUUAACAUUACAGGUUAAGUUACUGUACUAUGAAUUUUUUUAUUUUGUUCUUUUUAUUAAAUAUAUUUUUGUUGCAAAACAAA